AUGUCGGUCGAGGGUGAGUUUUUCGUCUCGGUGACAGGUUCCAUCGACUUUGCCGAGUUUUACGACGCCGAUAGCGUGUACUGCAAGUACCGCUAUCACUUCGGCGCCGAAUGGAGCGUGGUAGCAGGCAUCGAGGAAGGCCUGACGCAAAUGAGCAUCACCGGAAGCGACGUCAGGAGACUCGCCGUAUGGAAUUUUCCCCUUGACGUCACGUUCAAGAGCACCAAUCCGCACGGAUGGCCGCAGUUAAUACUGUCCACUUAUGGGCUAGACCUCUUCGGACACGACGUCGUCAGAGGUUACGGGGUUUGCCACGUGCCUUUGACAGCCGGACGCCAUCGAAAAACGGUCGCCGUUUACGUCCCCGAGUCGUCCUCGAGUCUGCAGCAAUUCGCGGCUUGGCUGACAGGAAGGAGGCCGGAACUGAUCGAUAUGGACAUCCUGGCUUCCGGAAACGGAAGAGAGUUGGCUCGUAUGAAGGUCCAGGGAUCCGUCGAGGUCGUCUUCAACGUCGUCUUCAAGGACCUCUUCAAGCUGGGGUAUAAGAACGGCGAGAAGCGACAUACCACCUGA